GAUCUAAUGUACCUGUGCACACAACACAGGUGAUAUCACUAAUAUCUGAUCUACCUGUGCACAUAACACAGGUGAUUUCACUAAUGAUCUGAGCUAUCUGUGCACAUAACACAGGUGAUAUCACUAAUAUCUCAUCUACCUGGCUGCUAAUGAGGAUGAGCUGCUUUACUAAACGGUUGGACCAAAUACUAGGCAGGACUUUUACUUUCUGAACCCGGGAUGUCCGUCUCUGAUUUACAGUGUCCUGUCUCAUCCAUCUGUGUUCUUCAGAGCUCCACACCCUGCAGUACUUCUACACCGCUACAUCAGGAAUCCCAGUCCUUCCACCGUUUAUAAGCGUUGGGGUGGUGGAUGGUCUGGAAAUUAGUUACUAUGACAGCAAUCGGAAAAGGAACGUUCCCAAGCAGAUGUGGAUGAAGCAACUGGAUCAGGAUUACUGGGAUUCAGAGACAGAACUGUCUAAGAUGUAUGAGCGGAUCUUCAGGGUGGACUUAAACAUUUUACGGCGACGCUUUAAUCAUACUGAAGGAGUGCAUGUCUUGCAGAGGACGUAUGGCUGUCAGUGGGAUGAUAAAACCGGAGCCACUGAUGGUUAUGAACAUUGUGGUUAUGAUGGAGAGGACUUCCUCUCACUAGACCUGGAGAGCAUGAGAUGGAUCGCAGCAGUGCCACAGGCACUCCCAAGCAAACUAAAGUGGGACAACACAGAACGUUUUGUAAAGAGGGACGUUUAUUUCAAAGAGACGUGUGUUGAUUGGCUGAAGAGAUAUCUUCAUUAUGGGAGCAGCACUCUGGGGAGGAAAGUCCCCCCAGAGGUCUCUGUGUUCCAGAGGGACUCUUCAGCGGUGUGCCAUGCAACAGGUUUCUACCCUGAGGGAGUGAUGAUCACCUGGAAGAGAGAUGGAGAGGAGAUGCAGGAGGAUGUGUAUGCUGAGGAGACGCUGCCCAAUGAGGAUGGAACCUUCCAGAAG